CUCCACCAUUCACCGACGAGCAAUUGUCAAUCAUUGGCAGUGGCGCCGUCAAGAACAGUUGCCACAUGAUGCUUUCGACGAAUCUCGGCUGGUGACAACACGAUGUUGCCCAGUCAAUCACAAUGUCCACAAACUGGCAAACAGGCUUGACCUUCAGUGACCGUCUCGUGGCAACCUCUAAAAUUUCAGCGGCGUAUACUGCAGCGAAUCCGAAUUGCGCCCCAUCGGAAGCUUCCAAAUAUGCAAAGGGCGUCGAAGAAUCCGCGAGGAAGCAUGCUACGUCUAUGACCGAAUAUGCGGAGCAGUGCGCAGAGGCCACUCGCCGCCUACUCCACUCUGCAGAGUCUGGGUCGGAAACAGAGAACCAUGUGCCCGAGGCGUCGGUAGUCGAAGAAACGACAGACCCGGGCGUUUGCAUCGGUCGGUACACUAAUGCGCGGCAUUUUGUAGACGGCUUGUUCUCCGAGGUCUACAAAGCGAGUCUCCCAGGAACUGAGUCUACGACUGGUCGAGGUCGGACUGUCGCACUCAAGGUAACGACCACAUCGUUGGUUAGACCUCCGCACAAUGCCGAAAGAGAGGCCCGCAUAUUACUCGUGGCAAUUUCACCACACGUAGUUCCCCUGCUGGAGUCCUUCAAGCAGCCCGGUGGCAAGCUGGUCCUCGCCUUCCCAUAUAUGCUUCACGAUCUGGACGUCCUCCUGCAUAGGAGACAGCUCCCCAGCCAAGCCCGACGGCCUAUCUUACGGGACCUUUUCUCGGGUCUGGCGCACCUGCACAGUCUGGGCAUCAUCCACCGGGACAUCAAACCAUCCAAUAUCCUUCUCGCAUCUCCCACGGGUCCGGCGUACAUUGCUGAUUUUGGCAUCGCUUGGUCCGCAACAGAUGCCGCAUCAGAGCCUGCCAAGGACAAGAUUCUCGAUGUCGGUACGACAUGCUAUCGGCCGCCGGAACUGCUGUUCGGACAUGCCGCGUAUGACUGCUCACUGGAUCUGUGGGCUGCUGGCUGCGUUGCUGCGCAAGUCAUUUGCUUGAACGGCAAGACUUUAUUCGAUGCUGGGGAUCUUGGAAGCGAGUUGGCGUUGAUCAAGAGUAUCUUUGAGACGCUUGGAACGCCUAAUACGAGUGUCUGGCCUGAGGCGGCAACUUUCCCCGAUUGGGGCAAGAUGAACUUUCGGAUCUAUCCCCGCCGACCAUGGGAGCAGAUACUGCCUGGCGUGGAAGUCGACGCGUUGGACUUUGUGAGCAGGCUGGUGGUGUAUGAGUCGGGGAGUAGGCUUCGGCCGGAGCAAGCUUUACAGCAUCCGUAUCUCAGAACCUAGCAUGCUGAAUGGAGGAACUGAGCUUCCGCAAUCCCAUUAGAUCUAUUGAAAUGCAUAUUAUAUGUCUCCGUG